AUGGCGGAGGGGGGAAAGCCGCGGAAGCACAGCGAGGAAAGCGUGAAGCUAUUUGUUGGUCAAGUGCCGAAGCAUAUGACGGAGGCGCAGCUCAUGACAUUGUUCAAAGAGUUCGCUCUCGUCGAAGAAGUCAACAUCAUCAAGGACAAGACUACGCGAGCUUCUCGAGGAUGUUGUUUUCUAAUCUGUCCGUCGAGGCAAGAAGCAGACAAGGCGGUAACUGCCUGUCACAACAAGAAGACUCUACCUGGGGCAUCUAGUCCAUUGCAAGUGAAGUAUGCUGAUGGCGAGUUGGAAAGAUUAGAGCACAAACUCUUCGUGGGCAUGCUUCCAAAGAAUGUAUCUGAUGCUGAAGUGUCUGCUUUAUUUUCUCAAUACGGAACAAUCAAGGACUUGCAAAUUCUUAGAGGCUCUGAGCAAACUAGCAAAGGAUGUGCUUUUCUGAAAUAUGAAACAAAAGAACAAGCUCUUGCAGCCAUUGAGUCCCUUAAUGGGAAGCAUAAAAUGGAGGGUUCAACUGUCCCUUUGGUAGUCAAGUGGGCUGAUACUGAAAAAGAAAGGCAAGCUCGGAGGGCUCAGAAAGCUCUUUCACAGGUGGCUGGUUCUCCAAAUGCUGAUGGCAGACAGCAUCCUUCGUUGUUUGGCGCGUUACCAAUGGGGUAUAUGCCACCAUACAAUGGAUAUGGCUAUCAGGCUCCUGGGGUUUAUGGAAUCCUGCAGUAUCGCAUGCCCCCAGUUCAAAAUCAACAUGGUUUCGCAAAUAUGGUCUCACCUGUGAACCAAGUAAAUGCCUUAAGAGGAGUUGCACCUGAUGUUUCACCUGGAAUGGGCCCAAGAAAUUAUGCCUUGUCACCUGGAAGUUAUGUUGGAUCUUCGUUCCCUGCAGUACCAGGGGUUCAGUACCCUUUGGCUUAUCCCGGAGGAGUCAGGCCCUCUGGUUCUGCUCCAGCUGUCAGUGCAAGUAGCCCUGCAGCAUCUUCAAGUGUCAGUACAAGUUCUGGGAGUCAAGUCGAAGGUCCACCUGGCGCAAACCUAUUUAUCUAUCACAUACCUCAAGAAUUUGGUGAUCAGGAGCUUGCCAGCGUCUUUCAACCAUUUGGUAGGGUCUUGAGUGCCAAGGUUUUUGUUGACAAGGCGACUGGAGUUAGCAAAUGCUUUGGAUUUGUCAGUUACGAUUCCCCCCCAGCUGCGCAAAAUGCUAUUAAUAGGAUGAAUGGUUAUCAAUUAGGAGGUAAAAAGUUGAAAGUACAGCUGAAACGUGACAAUAAACAAAGUAAACCUUACUGA